AUGGGUAUUACAGGCCUUCUUCCGCUUUUAAAGGACAUAAUAUGUGACGUUCAUGUUCGGUCUUUUUGCGGAAAGGUUGCCGCAAUCGAUGCUUACUGCUUGCUUCAUAAAGCUGCUAUCUUCUGUGCCGAAGAGAUAAUUCUAGGGAUUGAAACAACGCGGUACGUAUCAACACUUCGUUCUUACAUGUGCUUAAAGUGCUUGAUUUUAAACGUAAGCUUCUCUUUAGUCCUCUUCUCACCUCAGAUUUUAUUUUGUCAGGUACAUUGACAUGUGCAUGAAGUGUAUUGAUCUUCUCGUCGAAAAUAAUGUGCAGCCUAUUCUGGUUUUCGAUGGAAUGGAGCUGGAGGCCAAGGCAAAUGUGGAAUCCUUUCGAAGAAGGUGA